UUAUUUUGGGUUGCGGAACAGGAUGUGACCCAAGAUUCUCCCCAAAUAAAUAGGCAAUGACUCAAACUCAACAUAAAGUGACCUGUAAAUGCCCUAAAAUGAACAAAAAGUGACCUGUAAGCGCCCCGACGAUAUAUAGAUUCGCUGCAAGAGCAUAUCGAUAACCUUUUGGGAUAUAACGUAUCACGAUAUGUCAUUUUACAUGAAUUAUUUUGUAUUCAAUAAUCAAAUACAUGUACUGUAUUUUAUCAUGAGGUCGUAUUGUAUUUUAAUCCGCGGAACCAAAGUUCGUGUCGUGUUUCUACGGAUGUAUUUACCACCCGUUCAGUUUCCAAGCUUCUUCCUGUGGUAGUGACUAUGUUUGUUUGAUGAGUUGAGAGGUUUCAAUCGGAAAUGUGGUCCUUUUUUGCCAGGGAUCCCGUUAAAGACUUCGCUUAUGAAAUUAUUCCCGACAGCCAAGAGAAGUCUGGAAUAUGGUCGUUACACAAAGGGAAACGAAAGUCCAAUGGAGAUCCGGUGUCGGUGUUCGUGCACGAGGUGGUUCAAGGAUUGGAGCAGCAGACUCAGCUGGCAAAGGCGGCCUUCAAGCGUAUGAAAACCCUUCGCCACCCCAACAUCUUGGCAUAUGUUGAUGGCUUGGAGACGGAGAAGAGCCUUUACCUGGUAACUGAACCAGUGACUCCCCUGGCCGUUCACUUGAAGGGAAAUCCUGGUGAACUUGAGGUCUCCUGGGGUCUGCACCAGAUAGUGAAAGCUCUAAGUUUCCUGGUGAAUGAUUGUCACUUGCUCCAUAACAACCUGGGCCUCUGGGCCAUCUUUGUUGAUCGAGCAGGAGAGUGGAAGCUGGGGGCCCUAGACCAUGUUGCCCCAGAACAGGGUGACCCAAGCGGGGCCCAGCUUCCUGAUCCGAAGGCCGUUUACCCAGAUAUGGAAAAGUACGACCCACCAGAGAUGCCCAAUAGCAGUGGGGAGAAAUGGGGUGCGGAGGUGUGGCGGUUAGGCUGUCUCAUCUGGGAAGUGUUUAAUGGGCCACUCGGCAGAACAGCUUCACUUCGUUCACUAGGAAAGAUCCCCAAGGCCCUGGUUCCUCACUACUGCGAGCUGGUGGCUGCUAACCCGCGAGCUCGCCCCAAUCCAGCCCGUUUCCUCCAGAACUGCCGAAGUCCCGGAGGGUUCCUCAGUAACAGCUUUGUCGAGAGCAACCUGUUCCUAGAGGAAAUCCAGAUCAAGGAGCCGGCCGAGAAGCAGCAAUUCUUCCAGGAUCUGAGUGACAACCUGGACUCUUUCCCGGAAGACUUCUGUAAACACAAGGUCCUGCCUCAACUGCUAACUGCAUUUGAGUUUGGGAAUGCUGGGGCUGUGGUCCUCACGCCUCUUUUCAAGGUGGGGAAGUUUCUAUCUGCAGAAGAAUACCAGCAGAAGAUCAUCCCAGUCAUCGUGAAGAUGUUUUCAUCCACAGACCGGGCCAUGAGGAUACGACUGCUCCAGCAGAUGGAGCAGUUCAUUCAGUAUCUUAACGAAGCAGCAGUGAAUUCACAGAUUUUCCCUCAUGUGGUUCACGGCUUUACUGAUACCAACCCAGCCAUCAGAGAGCAGACAGUUAAGUCUAUGUUGCUGCUGGCUCCCAAACUGAACGAGGCCAACUUAAACCAGGAGCUCAUGCGCCACUUUGCUAGACUGCAGGCCAGGGAUGAGCAGGGGCCAAUCCGAUGCAACACCACUGUCUGCCUGGGAAAGAUCGCUUCCUACCUCAAUGCUGGGACCAGGCAGAGAGUUCUGAUAUCUGCCUUCUCACGAGCCACAAAGGACCCCUUCGCAGCGUCGCGUUCUGCUGGCGUACUCGGCUUCGCCGCAACACACAACUACUACAACCUCACAGAGAUUGCUGCACGUAUUUUGCCUACGCUCUGUGCUAUCACUGUCGAUCCCGACAAGAGCGUCAGGGAGCAGACAUUCAAAGCCAUCAAAAGUUUUAUCUCCAAACUGGAAGCAGUUUCAGAAGAUCCCACCAAGCUUGCAGAGAUAGAAAAGGAUGUUGGGUCAUGUGCUCAACCACCCAGCACCUCUUCCGGCUGGACCGGCUGGGCUGUGACCGGUAUGUCCUCGCUGACGUCCAAAUUGAUUCGCAACACGCCAGGGACCGUGGCGGGUGGAGCAGCUGAGAGUGGCGGGAUUUCAAACGCGUCCAGCGUGGCUCCAGGCAGCACUGAUGAAGCUCCCGAAAAAGGUCCACACAACUCCCUGACAUAUAGUUCUACUGCUCCAAGCCCUGCGAAUCACUCGCAGACUCCUGAAGGGACAGAAAAUGAUGAGGAGCCAGGAGAUCGCUGGGAUGACGAAGAGGAUUGGGGGAGUUUAGAGGAUUCAGAGAGAGGGCGGUCUGAAAAGGAUGACUGGAAUACUGACUGGUCAGGCACAACAUCAUCCAAAAAGAACACCGGUGAACAAGGAGUGGGAAGGUCGUUAUCCACCAUGGCGGUAAAAAAGCAGAGCUCAGACUGGAGUAGCUCAGGCUGGGACGCUGACGACAGCUGGUCGAAUGAAAAAGAGGGCCAGGGCCAGAGUUCCGCCGGCGAGGAGGGCUGGGGCAACGAAUGGGCCGAGGACGAGACAGACGUGGUCAGCGGACAACUGCCCGAGGGGGUCCGCUUGGCUAGCGAGUACAACUGGGACAGCAAAGGUGCCAGUCAGAGCGACCUCUUCGCUUGUGUCGCACAGAGAAACACGGUGGCUCUCACGCCUGCAGGUGGCUGGGGUACAGAGGCAACAGGAGAUUGGGGUACUGAAGACAGUUGGGAGGCAUUGGACGGAAAUCAAGGUCUGAGCAAGGCCGAGCUGUCCAAAAAAAAACGAGAGGAGAGAAGGAAAGAGCUGGAGGCCAAACGGGCAGAACGCAAGGCAGCCAAAGGUCCACUCAAACUGGGUGCACGCAAACUUGACUGAUGAUGCGUUUCACGAGAGUUAUGGACCAGGACCUGCAUUUGACUGAACAAGGGCCACAAGACGGAGGCUCCUCUUUGCACGUAAAGCUCAAAGGUCAAACUGUCACUCACUUGGUCAACAUAGCUUUGAAUUAUUUGUGGAUCAUCCCACAGAAAUAUGAGGUUGCCUGACAUUGUAAUAUUGUGGAUGGUUGAAUGGGAAGAAAAGCUUAAAAAAGCAGCAGGCAUCGGUGAAACAAUCUUCCCAUGUGCUCUUAAUAAAAAAGAGUUGUAAACUAAAUGUAUAUAAAAUGGAGCAUCUCAUCGUAUAAUGACACUUUUUCAAACUGAAAAACUAUAUAUGACCGAGUUUAUGAAUUUUAAGUAAGCUCACAAACACACUGUACAGUUUUAUUCAGUCAAUGCAUGCACUUUGACCAAUAAUAAUUUCAGGAACACUGGAACCGAGGUAAUUUGACAGGGUACCGUACAAGUACAGUCCUGAUUAGUGGAGAGUUGUGUCAAACGGAUUCCUUGCCCUUAACUAAAGCACAGAAAGAAGGUUACAAAUGUGUGUUUCUCCUAGAAAUUAUACAAUUCUGGAUUUUCUCCCUUUUAAAAAAAAAAAUGGAGCCUUAUAUUUUCAGCGCACCCAAUGUGCUGGUUCUGUUCCUUAGUAACGGAGAUCUGAUUGUCUUUUACUUUUUUGUGCUCUCUUACUUUGACGAUUGGCUCGCAUUCCAAUUUUGAAUACAACGGAACGCUGUCAGAUUUCAUGUUGCCUUUUGAUUUUUACAUUUGUAAAAAAAAAAAAAACAUCAGCUGGAUUUAGUGCCAGUAUGAUGUUGCUGCUGGGACCAUAAAUAUCAUACAUUAGAGGGAUUGACUGGUUAGAAGAAAUAAAAAAGGAGAUUCCAAGUCAUGUAGCAUGUGGCCUUUUCUGAAAUCAAUAUAUCAAUGCCUCAAAGUGUUCCGGUCAAGACAUUGUGUCAAAUCUUGAUAUAUAAAAUAAAAUCUUUAAAAAAAACAAAUGGAACCCAAAUUUGUCAUUAGAGUGUGGGGUUGAUGAGUUUGCACUGAACUUAUGUACAACACAAAAAAAAUGCCUUAACUGGCCAGUCAUGCACCAAUUGCACUUUUUGUUGUUCGACAUUUCUUUAGAUCUACUAGAAUCAUCAUUCUUACUUUGAUUUAUUUACUGUCGGUAUUCGUAAACAUGUCUGAAUGUGACAACUGAACUCGUCACAAUCCACCAUUUUAAACUCAUUUUUGGAAUUCUAAUUCAAAAAGUGAAAACUUAGAAAACAAUUUACAUGUAUGAGAAAGUAUGAAUAAAAAUGUUUUUUUCCUUAACUCUUUGGCUGUCAUAGGGCAACAGAUGUCCGUGGAUUGGACAUCCAUCAUCGUCAAUCACAGCCAUCUAGUUAAUGGCAAAAUUGUCAACACAGGGAAUUCACAAAAUAAACAUGUGCUUAUUUUUUGCUUUAUUCACAUAGCCAUAAAUCACAGUAAUUUUCCAAAGGGCUUCACAGCAAAUACCUUGAGGAAAAUAAGUACCGUAUUUUCCGCACUAUAAGGCGCACCUUCAAUGAAUGACAUAUUUUAAAACUUUUUCCAUUUAUAAGGUGCACCGCAUUAUAAGGCGCAUAGAAUAAACGCUAUCGUAGAGGCUGGGGUUAUUUUAUCCAUCCAUUGGACAGUGCUACGUUAAAGGGAACGUCGUCAAAACAGCAACACAACAGUAAGGUAAAACAUGUAGUGUAACUUAUCACAUAGCGGAGGAGAACCUUUUUCUUUUCCACAGUCACACUUUUUGUAAUGUAUGCACUGUAUUUGACCAGAGCAUUUAUAAGUGUUAUUUGUGGUUUUCUUAUUAUAAUGGUGCAAUUUAUUAAGCCCGUUUUUGUUAGCAAAUUUGCAUAAAUCUGUCAAAAAAAACAACUUUCGGCUCAAUAUUGAUUCAUAUGUGAGGCGCGCCGGAUUAUAAGGGGCACUGUCGGCUUGUGGGUGCGCCAUAUAGUGUGGAAAAUACGGCAUUUGGAUGCCCUGCGAUUUUUCAAGUUCUCAGACUUAGAAUUGAUGGGCGGGUUUGAAACUUUAAUGGUAGGUUCUUGUCCACUGUGAGAGACAAUCUUAAAAAUAAAAAAACCUGAAAUCAAAGUGGAUGAUUUUUUUCAUAAAUAAUUUCUUUGCAAAUCAUGGUGGAAAAUAAAUAUUAGGUCAAUACCAAAAGUUCAUCUCAAUACUUUGUUAUCUACCCUUUGUUGGCAAUAACGGAGGCCAAACGUUUUCUGUAACUCUUCACAAGCUUUUCACAUACUGUUGCUGGUAUUUUGGCCCACUACUCCAUGCAGAUCUCCUCUAGAGCAGUGAUGUUUUGGGGCUGUCGUUGGGCAACACGGACUUUCAACUCCCUCCACAGAUUUUAUAUGGGGUUGAGAUCUGGAGACUGGCUAGGCCACUCCAGGACCUUAAAAUGCUUCUUACUAAGCCACUCUGUUGGCCUGGCUGUGUGUUUGGGAUCAUUGUCAUGCUGAAAGACCCAGCCAGUUCUCAUCUUCAAUGCCCUUGCUGAUGGUAGGAGAUUUUCACUCAAAAUCUCUCAUACAUGGCCCCAUUCAUUCUUUCCUUUACACAGAUCAGUCAUCCUGAUCCCUUUGCAGAAAAACAGCCCCAAAGCAUGAUGUUUCCACCCCCAUGCUUCACAGUGGGUAUGGUGUUCUUCGGAUGCAAUUCAGUAUUCUUUCUCCUCCAGCUCUCUAGCCUGGACGUGUACUGGCUUCAGCAGGGGGACACGUCUGGCAGUGCAGGAUUUGAGUCCCUGGCGGUGCAUUGUAUUACUGAUAGUAGCCUUUGUUACUGUGGUCCCAGCACUCUGUAGGUCAUUCACUAGGUCCCCCCGUGUGGUUCUGGGAUUUUUGCUCACCGUACUUGUUAUCAUUUUGACGCCACGAGGUGAGAUCUUGCAUGGAGCCCCAGAUCGAGGUAGAUUAUCAGUGGUCUUGUUUAUUGUCCAUUUUCUAAUAAUUGCUCCCACAGUACAUUUCUUUACACCAAGCGUUUUACCUAUUGCAGAUUCAGUCUUCCCACCCUGGUGCAGGUCUACAAUGUUGUCUCUGGUGUACUUCGACAGCUCUUUGGUCUUGGCCAUAGUGGAGUUUGGAGUGUGACUGAGUGAGGUUGUGGACAGGUGUCUUUUAUACUGAUAAUGAGUUAAAACAGGUGCCAUUAAUAAAGGUAACGAGAGGAGCCUCAUUAGAGGAAGUUAGACCUCUUUGACAGCCAGAUAGCUUGCUUGUUUGUUGGUGACCAAAUACUUAUUUUUCAAUCUAAUUUGGAAAUAAAUUCUUUAAAAAUCAAACAAUGUGAUUGUCUGUUUUUUCUCUCCACAUUCUGUCUCUCGUGGUUGAGGUUUACCCAGGUUGACAAUUAAAGGCCUCUCUAAUCUCUUCAAGUAGGAGAACUUGCACAAUUGGUGGUUGACUAAAUACUUAUUUGCCCCCCUGUAAGUGUUUGAACACCUGAGGAAAUCAAUGUUAAUAAUGUGGGACAGUCGCCUUUGAUUACAAUUACAUAGGUCAAACGUUUCCUGUAACUUUUCACCAGGUUUGCACAGCCUGCAGGAAGGAUUUUGUACCACUGCUCCACACAAAUCCUUUCUAGAUCAAUCAGGUUUCUGAGCUUUCACUGAGGAAUACGGAGUUUGAGCCUCCUCCAAAGAUUUUCUAUUGGGUUUGGGUCUGGAGACCGGCUAGGCCCCUCCAGAACCUUGAUAUGCUUUUUACGAAGCCACUCCUUGGUAAUUCUGGCUGUCUGCUUCAGGCCAUUGUCAUGUUGGAAGACCCAGUCAUGACCCAUUUUCAAUGCUCUAACUGAGGGAAAGAGGUGAUUCUCCAAAAUCUCACAGUACAUGUCCCUGGUCAUCCUUUCCUUAAUACAGUGCAGUCGUCCAGACCCAUGUGCAGAAAAACACCCCUAAAGAAACAUAUGAUGCUACCACACCCAUGCUUCACAGUAGGAAUGGGGUUCUUGGAUGGUACUCAUCAUUCUUCUUCCCUCAAACACUAUGAGUGGAAUUAAGACCAAAAAGUUCAAUUUUAAGGUAUUACAGUGCAUCUCAAUUAUUUUCUGUUACGCCCCCCCCAAGCAAGACGUAAAUGUUUCGCGCCCCCCCCAAACUCUCUGCCGCCACUGUAAAUAGUAUUGUCUAUAAAAUUACUAUUAUAAAUACGCAUCUGCCUAACAUUGUGUCCUUUUUUUCUAAUAAAGAAAAAAGUAACAUAGAUCAACUUAUAAUAAAGUAUAACUUUAUUGACAUUGUUUUGUUUGUAACAGAGAAGACUUGACGUGCAUCAAUUUGCCUGAAUUUGAAAAAAAAAAAAAAAAAGUCACAUUCAAACUGUAAAAAUACACUCAAGGUACAUUUUUGACCAUUUGAUACAGAAAAAUAAAAUGUAAUAAAAUCCAUAAAUGAUAACAAAUUCAAAUUGAUUAGAAACAUUCACUCAUGAGGACAAUAUGCCAAAAAAUUUGACCGAAAAAACAAAAAUGAAUAAAGGAAAAAAAGAGUGUCCGUGGACAGAAGGACAGUUUUUAUUUUUGCUGCUCACACUCAGUAUUACCUCCUUUGCAAUGGUGUGGAGUCAUUUUGCAAUGAGCAUGCUAACAAUGCUCACUGGUUUACUGAUAUAACACUGACAAAGCAGGACGAUUGUUGGCAAUAUUCGGCACGUUUUCGCUGAAAAACAGUCAAGCGGCUUAUCAAUGAGAUUGGGGUCGAAUGUCUUUAAGUGGCGUCUUAAUUGAUUUGGCUUCUGGCAUUCCGCUAUAAUUAUUUUUAGACACAGUAAACAGUGGUCUUUCCUCAUCACCCACUGUAUUAAAAGUCAAAGCUAAAAGGCAAACGGCACGAAAAAAGCGCAUUCUCGGCGGCCGAGGUAGAACCGUAGGUGAGGGCGGUCGUCGUGACGAUCCCAAGCCGAAAAUGGCACUUCUCGAGCGGCGACGUGAGAACCGGACAACACAGUGGGUCGCUGCGUGAGUGAGUCCGGUCGGAAAACUGCUUUCGAAAACGGCGGUGGCACACUGCUCUUCAUAUGUUUUCUGUGUGUGCUGAGUGCUCUUCCUUAGUUUAAAAAUACUGCACGCACUCUGAAAAUGAGAGCGCCACUGCCACCCACUGAGUGGAUGUGCAAGUACACUUUAUUCCAGUACGGCCAAAAAAAAAAAAAAAAAAAAAAAAAAAGCAUGUUCCCCGAGGACACAUGCGCCCCCCCGGCAUCGCUCUGCCCCACUAUUUGAGAAGUACUGAGCUAAUAUGACUACAUGACUUUCUCCCAUGACUCCUCUAGAUCAUCCAAAUGGUCAUUGGCAAACAUAAAACGGGCCAGGACAUGUGCUGGUUUGAACUGGGGAACCUUCCGUUCAAUGCAUGUUUUUAAACCAUGACGUCAUGACGUCUACCUCCACUCCACUUUUUCGUUGGACUAUUUAAAGCCGACUAACGGGUCUUUGAGGCUCACAAUUCUAGCUAAUAGACAUGUGUUCAAAUACUUGUUUGCAGCCGUAUAAUACAAAUAAAUUGUUAAAAAAUCAUACACAGUGAUUUCUGUUUUUUUUUUCUUUAGAUUGUCUCUCACAGUGGACAAGUACGUACCAUGAAAAUUUAAAGCCAGUCCAUAAUUUCUAAGUGGGAGAACUUGCAAAAUCGCAGGGUGUUCAAAUACUUAUUUUCUUCACUUUAAGUGCUGAUGGAAUUUUUCCUGAGAUUGAAUUAACAGUGCUUCAUGAAUAGUCUUAACCAGUGGACCUCUGCUGAUAUUUAAUAAUUAUGGAGAAUAUCAGCGAUCGUAAAAAAACAUCUCCUUCGUACACGGUUUCCAUUCAUUCCUAUUAGGGACAAACUGUG